UAACAACUAAUGAACCUUCAAACAUGAAGUCUUCUUGGUGUUCAAACAGUGUCAUCUUAGCUGGCGGCCGUUCUGUACUGGUUCUGUUGGUGUUCAUUAUAAGUGUCAUCUGGUGUAUGGUUCUGUUCUAACAUCCAUCUGCAUUUCAUCUCGACAGGUUCCUGCAUUCAAAGCGAGUUAAAGGAAUAUGGUACAUGUUAUUUAAUGUGGAAAGCACUGCAUCCCAGCUCUACUGACUAGUGCAUUAAUCAAGUGUCAAGUCAUGAGUUGAAGGGAAAAGACUGAUAUUAAGUCCUUGUGUUCCGUCUUCUGAUUAUCAACUUUACAAUCAGAUUGCCAUGGGGCCUGCUGUUGUGAUUAUAAUAGUUCUUAUGUUUAUGAAGAGGAGAACUAAGAGGACAAAAUGCUGUGAUGGACGACCAGGAAUACAGCCUCCUGUAGAUUUUCUUGGGAGUGAAGAAAACAGGUUUUCUUUUGCUCUUGCAUAUGGUGCCAUGGCUGUAACAGUGACAGGCUUGUUUGCCAAUAAACUUCUUUCCAGCAAUACUGGAGUGGUGUUCACAAUUGAAGGGCCUCCUUGGAUAUCAGUAUUUCAAGGGAUUGUAUCGGUCAUCUCCAUCGGCACCAUGUAUCUGCCUCUUUUCCUGUGUCUCAGCACUGAUGCGAAGAUCCUUGGAUCAGUUAUGGGAUUCCUAUUCACUGGUUACAGAUUAGCAGUUCUCAUCAUCGUGGUCUUGAGAUGCCCAAUUGACAGAACAACAGCAUUCAUCUACUGGCCAGUGUUCUUUGACCUUCCAACAAUCCUUUCGCAUAUAUUCCUCAUUAUUCGCUUCUUGACGAUCUUUUUCUUGGAACUCAAAAAAGAGUGUAACAGAAAUGAAACAUCAUAUACUGUGCUCCUAGGGGAAGAAACAGACUUUAAGAUAGACCCACACUAUGAGGCACAUGUUAAAACUCUGUUGGAAGGAGUCCGAAAGAGUGACACUAACAAGUGGUAUGUCAAGGGACGCAACUUUGUCUACACUCCUCAACCACAUUUCAAAUACUCUGUCGCAAUGCUGUCGACUGUUAUCGUGGCUGGCAUCAUCAUUUAUGAGUUCGUCAUCCUGGUUGGCGGAGUGUUUGUUGGACUGUUUAUUAAUAUCAAAAAAAGCACUGUUUCAAGUAAAGAAGUCAUCAUACUAUUACAAGGACAGGAGACCUACGACAUCACAAUACAAAUAUACGACAUCUUGAUUAUUACCUUUCUGGUGUCAAGCAUAGUGGCGGCUCUUUAUACGUACUUCCAGAUGUAUCGAAUGCUCAUAGCACACAGAAAUCAUGUGAUCAAGCUAAUAAAAUCUGACCGAAGAUUCUUGCCAAGAACCCUGCAACCCCCUGAGUCAAUGGUGGGAAUGAGUUUAAGGUUUUGUGGUUACCAGAUUGCAUAUUUUCUAUGGGGUUUCCUGAUCAUGAUGGGUAUUCUAAUAGUGGUAGUUAUGGCCAUAUCUGUUGCCAUCCUCGUUUUGCCGGAAAUAAUGAGUCCCGAACUUAAGGAUUUGAUGAUAGGCUUGAUCAUUGGAUUAAUUCCUGUUGUGGGGAUGGCCAUAUUUGUAUGGCUGUUGCAGCUCCUUUUGGCAAAGUUUGUUUUCAACGACAGAUCAAUGAAAAGCAAAGUGGUUAAUAUCAAUAACAGGCGAUGUUUUCUGCUAUUGUCGUUUUUCUUCUUCUUCUUCAACAUCUUGGUUGGUUUGAUGUCUUGUGUGCUUCGGAUUGUCAAAGGGAUGGUGCUGGGUAUCAUGUUUAUUGGAAGGAUCGAUCGACCUUUGAUUAUGAAGGGAUUUACAAACUUGGAUACAGCCUAUGUUGCCUAUAUUGGUUUUCUUCACCUUCAAGUGGCUCAUAAGCAUCCUGUGGUCCUUGUGUUCAGUCAUCUUCUUUGGCAGGGCAUGCGCAGAAAGCAGCGCCAACGUAUGGAGGAGGGAUUAAUGGUUGUAGCUCCAGCCAGUAUGGAGAAUGACGUUCGAAACAACAUAGAACUGAAGCCUGCUGCAUCUGGACGUCCAAGAGUGUCUGCUUCAGCACUAAAUAAAUGGUUCAUAGCAGUAACCGUGAUAAGGAAUCCUAUGCUGAUAUUUAACAGAAAAGGGUACCUUAGGAACGUUAUCCUGGGGAUGCAGAAUACCAUUCCAAUAAGUGACCAAGAUGGACCAAGUGGAAAUAAUGAACUUCAGAACGGUCAUUGUCAAACAGACGGAAAGAACAAUUUAACACUAAUAGUACAACAGGUUUGAAAGAUACAAUGCAGUAAUCCGACUUCUCAAUGGAGAUAUUUGUGCGACUCGGUUUCUGUGCUAUGUUCAUAUUCUACAUUGUGUUCCUCGCAUACUAUGUAUUGAGAACCAACAUCAUCCAAGAAACACAAGGGGCAGCACUUAUCUUUCAUUGUUCUAUUAUUUACCGCUUAUUUACAUGACAUCAUAUGAUCAAGACUCCAGCUUGGAGCAAGGGAGCACAUUAAAAUUUUGUUUGUGUAAAGAAAGGUAUUGUUCUUGGUUGAUCUAUCUAGCGCACGCAAUCCAUCUUGUGACAAAAAUUCCUCGUAGUGUUUUGGUUUCGGGCGAUCCGAAUGGCUUACGAUCGUGCAAGGAAGGGAAUGACGAGUGUACACGCAAGAUAUUCGUCGGUUUUCGGAGUAAAUUCGCUAGCCAGACUAAAGCAGGGAACGACGGCCAUAAAGCGUAGCGCACGCGUACGUAAACGAGCACUACAAGAAUCAUACAAGUGAGGCUAUCGGGUGGUGUCUCAUUUGAAUGCAUCCAUAAUAUCUGCUAUUCUACAAACAUAUACAAGAUAUUAUAAGUUAGUUAAAAGGCCAAAGAUAGUCUUCUACAAAAAGUUAUUUAUUACACGCUGUUGUUUGGUGCAUCUUAAGAACCAUGCUACACAGCAGCAAGAGUCUUCCAAUAAAARCACCCUGAUUUUCUAACUGUCUAUCGAUUUCCUGCCUGUGAUAAUUAAUACCCUCUAAUAAUUUUUUUAGCAUAGAAUUUUGUACUUUUGUUCUUAUUUAUAGAAAUAUUUCAAUUAGAGUUCAAGUUUAUUGGAGCUCUGUGAGGUCACAUGGCGGCAACCAUUUUGCGAGACAGAAAAAAAAGUUA